CAGCAUGGUCGGUCCACAUAAUUGACGUGAUGUGGAACUCUUAGCUCGGUCGAUAAAUCUCUUGGUAACUAAUAACCGACUCGACGUGGCGAACUCGGAAAAUUGCUCCUCUUCUCCCUCUUUAAUUAUCUCUUCCAUGCAAAAUCAGGCGCAAUGUUUCGUGAAGGGACAUUGGAAUGGUGACAAGAAAGCUGUCGGAUCUCCUGAAGACAUGCAUUGCUAACAAAUCACUGUCACGGGGCAAACUUGCCCAUCAAAAGAUCGUAUCGUUGGGCCUCCAAGACAACAUCGUCCUGUCGAAGAGCCUCAUCAACUUCUACUUCUCCUGCCAUUUGUACGGUUCCGCCGAGCUAAUCUUUCGAACCUCCGGUGCCCUGCGCUCCUCGGACGUGUCCCUAUGGAACUGCCUCAUGGCGGCUUACACCAAGAGUUCCAUGUUCAGGGAAGCCCUCGGCCUCUUCGAGGAGCUGCUGACCGACCCUUGCCUGAAACCCGAUGUUUACACCUACCCGAAUGUCCUCAAGGCCUGUGGCGAGUUGGGUCGGGUUGGCAACGGAGAAGCUUUCCAUGCCCAGUUGGUGAAAGCUGGUUGUUUGUCGGAUGUUGUGAUUGGAAGCUCUGCCGUGAGCAUGUAUGCAAACUGCAGGAGGUUCCGGGAUGCGGUUCGGGUGUUCGAUGAAAUGGGCGAAAGAGACGCUGCGUGCUGGAACACUGUGAUGUCUUGUUGUUAUCAGAGCGGCCGACCUGAGAAAGCAUUGGAAUUGUUCGAGAGGAUGAAGGGUUCGGGAGUCAAGCCUAGUUUGGUGACUUUCACGACUGCGAUCUCUUCGUGUUCUCGGCUUCUGGACUUGGAGAGGGGAAAGGAGAUUCACGGAGAGUUGGUGAAAUGCGGGUUACCUCUGGAUGGCUUUGUUGGCUCUGCUCUUGUGGACAUGUACGGAAAAUGCGGUGAGUUAGAGAAGGCUAAGGAAAUCUUCGAGCAGAUGCCGGAGAAGACCGUGAUCUCGUGGAAUGCAAUGAUCUCGGGGUUCAGUCUCAUAGGUGACAGUUCUUUGUGCAUCGGACUGUUGAAGAGAAUGAACGGGGAGGGGAUUAAACCCUCUUUGGCUACUCUAAGCAGCAUAUUAACUGCUGCUUCAAGGUCGGCACAGCUUCAAGAUGGAAAAUUUAUUCACGGGUAUAUCAUAAGAAAUGGGGUGGCACUCGAUCUCUUUUUAGAUUGUUCAUUGAUCGAUUUCUAUUUUAAGUGUGGAAGGGUUGCUUCGGCAGAAAACGUGUUUAGGAAGUCGGGGAGGAUGGAUGUUAAUUCUUGGAACGUAAUGAUCUCUGGAUAUGCGAGUGUAGGCAAUUAUUUUGAAGCUCUUGAGAUUUUUGAUGAAAUGAAGAGAGUUGGUGGCAGGCCCGAUGCAAUUACGUUCACAAGUAUUCUAUCGGUUUGUUCUCAGUUGGCAAGCUUGGAGAAGGGCAAGGAAAUCCAUGAAACCAUCAAGGAGAGCAGAUUUGAAACGAACGGAAUCGUCAUGGGGGCUCUUCUCGAGAUGUACGCUAAGUGCGGAGCAGUCAAUGAAGCUCAUCAGGUCUUUGAACGACUGCAAAUUAAAGAUCUCAUGUCAUGGACCUCUAUGAUUGCUGCCUACGGAUCUCAUGGUCGGGCCCAGGAAUCCUUAAAUCUCUUUGCUAAAAUGAGAGCAGAGAAUAUCGAACCUGACAAAGUUACUUUCCUAGCGGUGUUAUCGGCUUGUAGUCAUGGUGGAUUAGUUGAUGAAGGAUGUUACUAUUUCACCCAGAUGAUCACUGAGUAUGGUAUCAAACCUGAAACCGAACAUUACUCUUGUUUGGUUGAUUUGCUUGGACGAGCUGGGAGACUCAGAGAGGCUUAUAAAAUUUUCCACCAAAUCCCAGAUGUUAGUAGAGAUCUUGGGUUGUUAAGCAGCCUAUUCUCUGCAUGUUAUUACCAUCGGGACAUAGAAUUGGGAGAGGAGAUAGCAAGAACAGUUUCUAAAACUGAUCUUGAUGAUCCGUCUACCAAUGUUAUGCUGUCGAACAUGUAUGCUUCUGUCAGGAGGUGGGAUAAAGUCAGGCAGGCGAGAUCAAAGAUGAAAGAGUUGGGGCUGAAGAAGAAUCCCGGUUGUAGUUGGAUCGAGAUUAACCAGAUAAUUCAUCCUUUCCUUGUAGAAGACAAGUCCCACCCAAUGGCCCAAACAUUGUAUGAUUGUCUUACAGUUCUCAGCAAUCACAUGGAGAAUGAUGAAUUCGAAAUGCUUCCUCAUGAGAUUGCAUGUGAAGGAUAGAUCAUUGAUAAGCAGACUCAUCUCAUAAUUUUUGUUUUCGACCAGUUUUAAGAUGAAUUGCUUGUAGUUUAUACGUAAAUCUUUGCAGAGAAGAAAAGGAGGGCAUAAUACAAUGUAGCCGAUGGUUGCAUUUUUUGUCUCGAAUUUUGUAUAGUGAUUCACAAUAUGUUGAAUGAGAAAUGAUCCAAGAAGCCUUCUUGAA